AUGCCCCGAGUGACCAAAAGGAAGAAGAAGAUUGAGGAUGUGGAGGCAAAUCGAGAGCGGAACCGCCAGGCCCAGCAUGACUUUCGCCUGCGACGACAGGCUGCCGAGGCAGCAACACAGCGUCGACUAGAGCAUCUCGAGAACACGAUUGAAGAAAUGAGCAAAGUCUUCAUUGGCUUCUGCGACGACAUGCUCAGUACGAAGGAGCUCGCGAGCCAGCCCCACUUGAUGGCUCGACUCCAGCACUCUACGACGCGGGUUCUAGCUCUAGCUCGGUCGGUUUCAACCACGACCAAAACAAGUGCGGCUCGAGAGUCGGAAGGCGAUGGAAACGAUAUACAAGACGGUGCAAGAGACGAAGAGAAGCUUCCAAAAAUGCCAUCGAGACGGAAGACUGCGGACUCGACCUUACCCCAAGUGUCGUGCCAACGGCCCUCGGUCGCUGUCGUCGGACAAGCCCAGAUGCACACGCACGAGUUUGACGCCAGCUCUUUCGCGGUCCAAUUGGUUAAAGCCACACUAUCUCACGCAUCCCUGGCUCUCAACGGCGACAUAUACAUACGCGCAGAAGAUAUGGAGCGAGCUUUCGGCUCAAUGCUACGCAUUCGCACACGGCAGCAGCUCGCGACCAGCAUGCGGUGGAUGCUCGGGCCAGGGAGAGAUGCCAUGUAUCAAGCAACGGGCAUAAACUGGAAUCCCGGCUCUACCAGAGGAGCGGAGGGCUACUCUUACUCUGUUCUGCCCCACAAGCAUGGCCACUACUCAACCUCGGACGCAGACUCGUCGUCGGACAAUUUCAACGAUCGACCUGAGCAGCCCGAGUUCCUCACUGCGCUCGGCGUACAGGAACAACUUCAAAGCCUUGGGGCCAAAGUCCUCAGCCCAGACACGAUGGAACUUAGCAUCAGCGGAUCCGGAUCCACCGGAAGCGACACCAGGAGGCCUUCUUCUAAUUUUCUCGCUUUCCCAACGGCAAAUGCUCUCGGCCUGGCCGCUCCAGCACGUUUGGUACUCCGGCUCAAUACAUUCCUUCUCGCAACCAAUCUGUCUCAUGGGGCCAAGUGUCUCGGAAAGGGACCCGUGUACCCACGUCACGGGAUUGCAAAAGCUAUAGAGGCAUCCGUAAUACUUGCUCGUGGGGGGUGAAGCCGUGGUCUGGGGACCACGUGGGGAACUCCAAGGUCCAUUACAUUCCAGCAUCUUGUUCUCCACCUCUCUUGUUCGGGCCGAGAAGCUCCAGUAGCGUCACUUCUGCGCCACAGCUAAGACGCUGUUGACAUGGCAUCAUUUUUAUUUACGUUCGGUUGAGAAAAAGGUCUAUAUCCUUUCAGGUA